GUCUUUGUACAUUGCAUUUCCGGGAAAGAACGAAACGACAACAACAAAAAUGGCUGCUGCUAUGGAUAUCGACGAAGAAGCCCAAGCCGGUGUUUCAGGCGAUAGAGCUGGAAAGAAACGUUUUGAAGUGAAGAAGUGGAAUGCAGUGGCACUGUGGGCAUGGGAUAUUGUGGUGGAUAACUGUGCUAUUUGCAGAAACCAUAUAAUGGAUCUGUGUAUAGAGUGCCAGGCAAAUCAAGCUUCAGCAACAAGUGAAGAGUGCACUGUGGCAUGGGGUGUCUGCAAUCAUGCAUUCCAUUUCCAUUGUAUAUCACGCUGGCUGAAGACUCGUCAGGUCUGUCCCUUAGAUAACAGGGAAUGGGAAUUUCAGAAGUAUGGUCACUAACAAGGCUGCUGUGUGUGAUUGGACAAGACGUCAUGUUAUGGAUUUAUUGCAUAGAAUAUUUAACUACACGUUUCUAGGGCUGAAUGGAAAACUGUCAUAACUCAUGCUUUAUUUAAUGUGAGUUACAUCAGUUUUUUGUUCAGUCCUUGAUUUGUAAGCAGGUAGAUCUGUUCUGCACUAAGCCAUUUAAUCAAACACAACAGUGAAAUUUGUUGUGUCACAGCGGAUACCAUAUUGACUAUAUCAAGAAUGAGUUUGUUGUAAAUAUUUAACUGUGAUGUUACACAUCGUUUGCUUAUUUCUUCAAAGCCAUAAAGAUUUUAUCAUUAAAUACAAAUGUUUAUUCUUCCAGGGUUAUUUAAGAAAAAGCCUUUUGUUUUGUUUCUUCCAGCUACAUUUUUGAAAAAACAAAUAGAGCAAUUACUGGUUCAAAUGAUUCUUACUUGAUAAAAACAAAAAAACAACAAGUAUGUUGACAAGUUUUAUGUUUGUUUGCUUUUUUAACUGUUAUGUAUUAAUUUAACAAAUGUAUUUCAAAGACAGAACCAGAAUAGAGAAUGGUUCACAAGCGUAUAGGAUUAAUACUGUCUUGUCAAGUUUCUUUUCAAGUAUAUCAUGUAUUUGGGCAACACAAUAAUCAACCCAAUGCUUCAUAUGAAUAAUAUAUGCUUAACACCAAAAAAAAGGCAGUCAGUUUUCUUUAACAAGUCACGGUUUAUGAUCCAAAUGUCAGCAUAUUAUAUUUUAUUGUUGUACACAACCUUUUAGUGACAUUAAAUUAAGACAAAAAUUUUAUUCCGACAUAUGUUAUAAAAAUAUCAUUGUGCUGGUGGAAAAAAUUGUAUACUGAAAGUUACAGGUCACUGCUAUUUCAUCAAGUGGAGAUGAUGCUUUUUUUUUUCCUUUUAAAAAAAACACACGAUCCUCAAUACAUGUUGUAAUGAUAAUUCUGAAGUUUCUUACCAAGGUAAUGACAGGGAUGGAAGUCACCAGAGUAGAAAUGAUUCAGUAAUUUAAUGAAUACAAUUGUAACAAUGUAAUGUCUUAUGUGAUAAUUGUGUGUUACAUUUGUACUUGAUUUUUUUGCAAGAUAUUAAUGUUUUCAUACAAUGUGUCAAAUUUCCAAUAAUAACAUCAAGAUUUAGGCAUACUGGUAUUUGUUCAUUAAUCAGCAUCAAAUUUUAUAUCUCGAUGAAAAACUAUUCAAUAAUAUUUUCAAGACAGUAAUUUAAUAUGUGAAUGUAUACAUUAAGACUGACACAUUGAAUUUAUUUGUUUGUUUCAUUUUGACAUGUUGGUGCAUUAUCCAAAUUCAAAAUAAAGACUUUCAAUCUACAAA